UAGAAAAAGAGCAGACAGCAGCAGCUGACGAAAACACGGAAGUAAACUCUGUCGCGUCCGAGCUGAAGCGGUUUUUUUAUUCGUUAUUCUGCUGUAAAAGUAAAACUGGCUCCUCGACAGCCUCUUCAUAGAAACCAAGGCUGUGCUAAGGAAGCUAGCGCAACAAGCUAACUCUUCCACUGACUUUAUAUUUGCCCAACAAGCCACAGAGAGGAGGGAAACAAGUGGGGAGAAAAAAACAACAACAACGAGAGCGUACACACUGCAACUCUUCUGAUCCCCCGAAUUCUCAUCAUGGACAACAAUGGGGGACCACAGGAAGGAGCCAUGGGGGUGGAAAUGGAGGAGCUUCCGCAGAUUGAUGGGCUAUGUGACUCAUGUGAGCCUGACGAGGCACAACCGGCCACACACGUGUGCCAUGUCUGCAGCUUUGCCUUCUGCCCGCUGCAUUCAGAGAUACAUGCCAGCAGGACACAUCAUCCACUACAACCCUAUAACCACGAGGGGACACAAGCUGACAGACUUUACAGAGAGGUUGACGUUGGAGGCAAAUCUGAGGACGAGGCUAGUGCAGAGAGGGCAGCUGAAAGGGCCAUCAAUCAGGACAAUAUUGCAUCACUUGGAGUGGAGGAGUGCAAUGGCGCUGAGGAGGAAAGUGGAGCCCAGAAUGAUUUGCCACUGGCAGCUAACCAGGCUGAUGAAGCUGUGGGAGCAGAGGCGGGGCAGGAGGCCAUGGAUGCCGGAGAAGUCAGGAGGAGGGACACUGUGACAGUAGAGAGACUGCGCUGCAAAGAGCACGGGGAGGAAGGCUCCCUCUACUGUAAACCAGAUGAGAAGAUAAUCUGUGUGGUGUGUGCCGUGCAGGGUGAGCACAAGGAUCAUGAGAUGAUUACUCUGCAUGAGGCCUAUGUGUGGCAGAAGAGCAGACUGGGUUAUGAUCUGGUGAGCCGUACACAACAGGCGGCUGAGAACAUCAAGAUCAAGUGGACCAGCGGUGAAAUGACCACAGAUGAGCUGGAGGACUAUGUUACCGAGCAGUUUGAUGAACUACGCAAGCUGGUGCUCCUGGAGCAGAAGAGGACCCUUCACCUGGUGGACCUCAAGGAGGCGUUCCUGACAGCGAGCGCCGCGGAGAAGAUCGCAGAGAUCUCUGUGGAGACGGAGAGGCUGCAGAAGGAGCUGGUUAACAUCACGGACCAGCUGUGUCUGCUUGAAAAAGCCGAGGCGGAGUCGGCGAGUCCUGCUGUGAUAGCAGCGGCUCUUGCAGUACCUGGACCAUCCCAGAAGUACAAGCGCGGCACUGAAGCCAGGCCAAGACUACCGGACCCGAGGGCCGAACCCAUCAACCCUCAAGACCUUGAGGACGAUGAUUCUGGCCCAUCCAUGGACCACGCCCCGUGAUACCAGCACAGCAGAAAUCUUCCUAAAUCCACCCGUCCUUCACUGUCUGCUUCUGCCAGCUGUCAGCCUGGCCCUCACUCUGUCAGCCAUCUCCCCCUUUUACCACCCUGUCUCUCCCUCCCUCCCUCCCUCCCUCCCUAAAUGACCUUGAAGAAGGCUGCUGCGACAAAUAUGGAUGGCCAAUGUCUUUCCUGCUUUAAAACCUUCUCAAUUUCUUCACUACCCACCAACUUUCUUUAAUUGAGGCACACAAGUUAUGUGCAAUCAAUUACCAUCAGGCUCGAUUUUCACAGCCAGGCACAUCCUUGGCUUACCGGUGAGGCUGGCUGAGUCAGAGAGAGAAAGGAGGCCUGGGUCGGCAGCCGAGCGGAGCAUCUGUUCAGCCCAGCAGAUGUGAGGGAUGGGAAAUGUCUGCACCGCUGUGAGCUUUCGCUCUUCAUUUAUUCGCAGUAUCAUUUUCAUAUUGUUGUUUUGGCAAAAACAGAGGAUGCUCUCAGAGAUGCACGGGGAAUGUUUGUCAGAUGCCGCAGUGCCUUACAUCAGAAGGAUAGACUACAAAGAUUUUUAAGGGUUUUAUAUUUAUAUAAGGAAAAAAAGAGGAGGAAAUGUAAAUGACUCUAUGGUUCUUUAUGGUUGUAUAUUCAUGUCCAGUUUUUUUUCCUGCACUUCACUUUAUUGGAUAUAUCUGUUCUACUGCUUGUUAAUCAGCCAAUCACGUGGCAGCCACUUCAUACAUUCACCUGCUCAAUUCCAAACUGAGCAUCAGGACGGAGAAGAAGUGUGACUCAAAUACUUUAGGUUUAGUGACUCUGUAGGUCUGACAUCAUGGUUGGUGGCAGUAUUUCAGAAACUGAUGAUCUACAGGGGUUUUUAUCAACGACCAUGUCCCGGGUUUAUAGAGAACCAUCUGAAAAAGACAAAUGAUCCUCUGAGCUGAAGUUCAGAGGUCAGAGGAGAACGACCGGACCGAUUUGAGACGAUGGAAGCCCUCAGAGUAACUCAAAUAACCACUUGAAACCACUCUGCAGAAGACCAUGUGCUGUGUACCUAAUAAUAAAGUGGCUGGUUAGUCCAUUAUCAGAUGCUGGGUACGUUUUGAUACCUAUUGAUUAGUAAAUGUUGCUGAGUCUUUUUCUGGUGAAAAUCAAACUGUAAUUGGACCCGUGCAAAAUAGCUUUCUCUCUCAGUUUCAGUUUCCCGUGUAAAGGCUCAUUACUCCUGGCCAAUCUGCAGCGCGUGACAGAUUACUGACCAGCACUUUGUACCUUGACCCGCUUCAGCCACCGCAUUCGCUCACGAUGAACCACCGCAAACCUGUCUGUAUCAGCAGUUUGCUUUAAUGUGAUUGACCACGCUGAGACCGUCGCCCCCACUUCCCCCAUUGAUUGGGUUUACAGAGAAGCCUUCGGUCGCUCUGUUGAGUCUUUUGGUGAAGUAGCGGGUGUUGUUUCAUCUGAACUGGGAUGAAAACAAGUAAUAGAUGUUAGACAUGUUUGAUAGCAUUACUUCACAAACCUUUACUUAAGGGAAAUGUUGGUGGAUCCGCAGCCUGUUGGAGAAACUCCAACAGCUCAUUCUUUAUUCUUGUGUAACAGAAGUCUGACUGUCAACAGUUUCUCUGAUGUUUUUUUAGCCAAUAUUUUUUGUCUCAAAUCUAUCAAUAAACGGCCCGUGUCUUAAAUUUG